UUUGUUGCUUUUUUUUCCCCCUCUGCCUUUUUAACAGAACAACUGUUAAUAAAAAUGGAAUUUACCAGUUUGAACAGGCUUCAAAAUGUAAGGCAGUUCAGGACAACAUUUUGUCAUCAUCUAUCAAGAAGAAAAGAUAUUCAGAAGAUUAUUAUCUGCACAUAGUCACAAAACUGCAGAACUGCACCUGGAUAAGGAGACCAGAAGAAUCUACAAAAUUUAGGUCAGAAUUAGCUUCCUGCUGUGAUGCAGUUCACAAUUUUGUUGCUUCUCAAAACAACACCCCACUGGGAAGUAACAUGAGUUACGAAGUGGACAGUAAAAAGACAAUCCUCAUUACAGAUGACAUUUUUAAGAUGCUGCCUGUGGCCUCUCCCCUUUCAGUCUAUCCCUUCAAGACCUGUGCCGUGGUUGGAAAUGGAGGCAUUCUGAAAAAUUCCAGCUGCGGAGCUGAAAUCGAUAGUUCUGACUUUGUGUUUAGGUGUAACCUCCCUCCAACCACAGGAAGCGUUAGCAAAGAUGUUGGCAAUAAAACAAACCUUGUGACUGUUAAUCCGAGUAUCAUAGCUCAGAAAUACAACAAACUAAAUGAAAAGAAGAGAGAAUUUCUGGAGAACAUUGCAGUCUAUGGAGAUGCUUUCCUUUUAUUGCCGGCAUUUUCCUUCAGAAGCAACACAGCCACUUCUUUUAAAGUAUAUCACACUCUGCAAGAGUUCAAAGCAACCCAAAGGGCAAUCUUUUUCCACCCCAUUUAUCUGAAAAGUCUUGCCCAAUUCUGGAGAACUAAGGGUGUGAAAGCCUACCGGUUGUCAUCUGGUUUUAUGAUCACUAGUGCUGCUCUUGAGCUGUGUGAGAAUGUGAAGCUCUAUGGCUUCUGGCCUUUCUCAAAAUCCACAGAGAAGAUGCCAAUCAGCCACCACUAUUAUGACAACCAGCUGCCUAAACCAGGUUUCCAUGCAAUGCCCAAAGAAUACAACCAGAUUCUUCAGCUUCAUGGCAAAGGCGUUUUGAAAUUGCAGUUUGGUAAAUGUGAAUCAGACUGA